AUGCUCUCUUCACCAAGCGGAGACAUGCUCUGGACUGCCGAUCCUGAAUUGAUCAACCCAAUAUCAAGCCAGGCAGCUGGGUCCGUAAAGCCAGUGAAGCUUUUUGGCUUCUUUGGCAUAUAUGGACCAAAUAUGCAGACGACUAUAAACGAUGACGGGAAAUUGCUUCGCAAAAUGAUAGCUCCUCCUAUUGGGUCUCACUCCAACACCAAGAUGUGGCAAGCUUCACUUUUUGAGACGAAAAAGUUUACUGAUUUGCUGAUCCAAAAGAGUUCCAAGGUUACUCUUAUGAAAGAUUGCUUGUUCGAAUUGACUCUACACUGUGUUAUACAGUCCCUCUUUGAUCCAGAGUGGACUUCUGAAUAUUUCAAGGAAGGUUCUACUGGCAGUAAACAAGUUGAGAGGACUGGAUUCGUCGAAGCUAUGUUCACCACUAUCGACAAGAUGGGAAUCCCAGAUAACAUACCAAGCAAAAUUCGAGGCAAGUCACCCUAA